UGAUUGGUGUAUAUUUUUAAAUCUAUCCAAAUCCCGAAGCAUAUUGGCUAAUCUAUUGGCCAAUCAGAAUGAAAAGAGCAAGUUUCUCUAAAAAAAAGUACUUGACCUUCUAAAUUAAUUUUAUCAAUCACGGUAAAAGUCUAUUAUUGUUGGUGGAAUUUAAAGACAGUUGUUUCAAAAGAUGGGAGGUCAUAAGUCCGAACCGUACAAAAUACCCGAUCCUAAUAUUUAUAAGAUAGAGGAUGUGUCAGAAUUGAAAAAUGUUCAAAAAGAAUUGGCCAAGAGGGGACUGAAGGAUCCUUGGCUGAGAAAUUAUGUAUGGCGCUACCAAAGUACUCAAUCAGUUUUUAUGCGUAACAUAGUAUGUUUAACUAGAGGUUGGAAACUUGGUGUACCAGCAUUUUUGAUAACCUUAGGUAUUGAACAAUAUUUUGGUAUUGAUUAUGGUCAUGGACAUCAUGAUGAAGGUCAUCAUUAAUAUCAUUAAUAAUAUAGUUUAUAUAAUAUUGUAUGAUUUGGAAUAGUAGAAAUAUCUCACUGUAAAGGAGAGAUUGUCAGAGCUAUGAAAAUAAAUUGUAUAGUGAUCAAAAA